AUUGAUCGUCUAGAGAAUAUAGAGGAUCAAGAGGAGAAGAAGAUCUUAUCCAGUCUCGAUUUUCAGAGCAUUCAUUCAUAUAGAAAUACAUGUUACAUUCUCAUCACAAUUCUCUCAGCUCACUCUCCUCUAUCUAUCUUUCUUACCCAAUCUAAAAUUCUCAACUCAACCCACCAAUCUCAUCAAAAAACCCAUCAUCAUCAUCUUCUUCUUGCUCUAAAACACACACACAUAUAUACAUACAUCAAUUCCAGAACAAGAACCAGAAGAAGAAGAGUUUUUAGGAGAGAGAUGGGGUUUGGCAAAGAAGCAAGCUCAUCCUCCCAUGUCCUCCAAGUACCAGCUGUACCCAGUGAAGACACUCCACUCCUGACCUCCAAAUCCAACAACAGACCACUCUCCUCCAAUGCCAAGACCUUCGCCAAUGUCUUCAUCUCCAUCGUCGGCGCCGGAGUCCUCGGCCUCCCCUACACUUUCAAGCGCACCGGCUGGCUCAUGGGUUCUCUCAUCCUCUUCUCCGUCUCUUACCUCACCUACCACUGCAUGAUGCUCCUCGUCCUCACGCGCCGCCGCCUCGACUCCCUCCACGGCUUCUCCAAGAUCGAUUCUUUCGGCGACCUCGGCUUCGCCGUCUGCGGCCACCUCGGCCGCUUAUCCGUCGACUCUAUGGUCGUCGUCUCCCAAGCCGGCUUCUGCGUCGGCUACCUCAUCUUCAUCGGCAACACCUUGUCCUUUGUCUUCAAUUUCUCUUCCACAGACCCUACCCCUAAAUUUAUAGGGCUUUCGUUUAAAUCACUUUACAUUUGGGGUUGCUUUCCUUUCCAAUUAGGGUUGAAUUCGAUUCCGACUCUGACCCAUCUCGCUCCACUGAGCAUUUUUGCUGAUGUGGUUGAUUUGGGAGCGAUUGGUGUAGUGAUGGUUGAAGAUAUUAUUGUUUUCUUGAAAAACAGGCCAGUUUUACAGACUUUUGGGGGUUUCUCUAUGUUUUUUUAUGGUGUGGGUGUGGCUGUGUAUGCAUUUGAAGGGAUUGGAAUGGUUUUGCCAUUAGAAUCUGACAUGAAAGAUAAGCAAAAGUUCAGGAAUGUUCUGGGUCUGUCCAUAUUGUUUAUUUCUUUCAUGUAUGGAGGUUUUGGAGCUCUGGGUUACUUUGCAUUUGGGGAAGAAACUAAAGACAUAAUCACCACAAACUUUGGGCAAGGCUUGUUGAGCAGUCUAGUUCAGAUGGGUCUGUGUGUGAACCUGUUCUUCGCUUUCCCACCGAUGAUGAACCCUGUUUAUGAGGUGGUGGAGAGGAGGUUCUGUGAGGGAAGGUACAGCCUGUGGGUGAGGUGGCUUGCGGUGUUGGUGGUGACUUUUGUGGCCAUUUUGGUGCCCAAUUUUGCUGAUUUCUUGUCUCUUGUUGGGAGUAGUCUGUGCAUUGUUUUAGGGUUUGUUUUGCCUGCUCUGUUUCACUUGAUGGUUCACAAGAGUGGGCUGGGCUGGUGUGGGAUGUGUGUAGAUGGGAUUAUAGUGGUUUUAGGGGUAGUUUUGGCACUGACUGGAAGUUGGUCUUCACUGUUGGAGAUAUUUGGAACCAAGGCUUGAUGAUGGAUCAAGAAUCAUAUAUUAUUGAUUUUCUUGGUCCACUUUUUAGUUGAUAUAUAAUAAUGCUUCGCGUGUGUUAUUUAUUUAUU